CUGACGUCAGGACGCGCGAUCACGAGAAUGUUUAGCAGAGCGCUGUUUAUCAUCGUCUGUCUUCGUCUCUUAGGUGCAGGCAUUGGACAAGAUAAACCGUGUGAACUAGUUGAAUGUUUUAACUGUUCUCAACCUAUAGGAAUAAAUACAUCACAAGCAUGUCCACUGUGCCAGAACACAUCAAAAAACUGCAACGACGAUUUUCUGUCAAAUUGCACGAUAAAAGAUUUUAAUGUGAACGUAAACACCUCUUCCACCAAAGUCAAAGAGGGUGACAUCGUGACUGUUAACUGCACUCAUGAUGUUCCCCAUGGCUCCAUCAGCUGGCUAAAGAACAAUGAAUUACAGGAAAAUGAAGAUAAUGAAAUAUUCCAAAUCAAGUACAUUCCAAAAACCUCAGUGAUCAGCUGCCAGGUUAAAAGCAUUUGUGGGAACUACAACUCUACUAUAACAAUUGAAGUACAAGCUGGUAAUGUUUUGGUGGUUUUACUGAUUUGUGUCGGAGCAGCAGCUGCUCUCCUCAUGCUGUUUGCAAUAGUCAUGAAGAUCGCACUCAAGAGAGGACAAGCUCAGAGUCAGGCCAGAAAGAGACAAAGGCAGCAGAACCUGGAGAACAUCCACAGCUCUGUGAACACGGUCACAAGCUACUACUGAGAGAAAGCGCUUCUGCAGCUGAGGCUCCUGAUUCAGAGACCUUUCAGUUCUACACUCCAAAAAUAUUUAGACCUAAAUUUAGGAUUUGUGUUUCUGAAUUGCAUAUAUAAUUUCCAUCCAUUUGGAAUACGCAAUUUUAACAUAAACUAAUAAUUGAGCUUUUAAUAUGACACUCUAUUAACUUUAUAUGCAAUUCACAUCAAUUUUGCUCACACAUUAUUAUUAUUAAAGGAUUUGGAGUGAAGCUGAAUCGCUUGAUACAUGGCAUGUUUUUUGACUUGUUAGGUCAUCCUAAAAGCACAUGCAGAAAUGAACAAUGUGAAAUACAGUGGUCAUAAUCAGUAAACGAAAGAAGAUUUGUUUUUGGACCGUUUUGUGAGCAUCACUUUACAAUAAGGUUACAAUUGUUAAUAUUAUAUUAGUUAACAUAAACGAACAUGGAAAAAUUCUUCUAAAGUAUUUAUUAGUCUUAUAUUUACUAAUACAUUAUUAACAUUAACAAAAGUUAUCUAUUCAUGGACCAGAGCUACCUGAACAAUGAAUGGUUAACAAAGAUUAAUAAAUACUUUAAUAAUGUCUUGCUCAUUGUUAGUUAAUGUUAGUUAAUGUACUAAUAUUGUUAACAAAUUCAAUCCUUAUUGUAAAAUGUUACCUUGUUUUCUUGCUCUACAACUCAUAAAAUUAGUUUCUCUUCCAUCUUAUUAUUAUUAUAAUUUUGUUUUAUUGCACAUUCUACAUUGUAAAUAUCUUGUAUUUUUACCAUUCCAAAGAGGUGAGUCAAUUCAUGCACUUAUGCACUAUUCUAUGCAGUUUUGUUGUAUAAAACACACUGAAAAUUCCACAAAUACACAAAUACACGUCACUCAAAUGUCAUCUUUAAUUACCGGUACAUUUAAAGUAAGGAGAGGCUAUCAGACAAGAUCUGCAAAUAGAUGG